CAUAAUUUUCCCUUUUGAACAAUUUUGCAAUUAUUCGAGUUGAACAUGUAUUUGAAUAAUCAGAGUUGUAUGUUUCUGAACAAGUCAAUCUGUGAACUUCGUGUCACCUAUGGUACAUGAAUGUGUCUUAUAUACUGUGCCUAUACAUGAAUAUGUGCCUGCUGUUUGUGUGCAUGCAGAUGGGUGACCCUGCUGCACACACAUAUGAUCAUAACACGGACGACGGAGAUGCAGAAUUUCUUGUUGCCCUAUAUGUUGUAGACAUGUGGGGCAGGCCUUCCAGUGAGGUUUCUAGAAGAACAAUGGUUGAAACAGGUAUUCAAUGGGUUGAGCGAACUUUGGAGAAUAGUAACGAUUGCUUUGACAUGUUUCGCAUGCGACGUACUGUUUUUAGACGAUUGCAUGAUACUUUGGUCGAAAGUUAUGGUCUUCUUCCAAGCCGUGGUGUCAGUACUAUGGAAGCUCUAGGUAUUUUCUUGUGGGCAUGUGGGGGUCCACAAUCAUUUAGGCAGAUAAGGAAUAAGUUUGGUCACUCAUUGGAAACUAUUAGUCGCAAGUAUAGUGAAGUACUUAAUGCACUACAUAAGAUGUCAGCUGACGUAAUCAAGCCCAAAGACUCAAAUUUCAUAGAGAUUCAUCCUCGUUUGCUAGAGGGGAGAUUUUGGCCCCACUUCAAGGAUUGCAUAGGAGCAAUUGAUGGUACUCACUUUCCAGCGUCUGUACCGGCCUCGGAGCAACCCAAAUAUAUUGGUCGCCACGGUUACGCAUCACAGAAUGUAAUGGCCGUUUGUGACUUCGAUAUGAGGUUCACAUUUGUUGUCACAGGUUGGCCAGGUUCAGUACAUGACACUAGAGUAUUACAAGAUACUUUGAUAACUUAUGCGGACAAGUUCCCCCAUCCACCUGAAGGUAAAUACUAUCUUGUGGAUUCAGGUUAUCCAAAUAGAAAGGGGUACCUUGCACCUUAUAAGGGUCAGAAGUAUCACAUUGCAGAAUGGCAAAAUGCGAGGCAACCUAUUGGGAGCAAAGAAGUAUUCAACUAUGCACACUUGUCGCUACGCAAUGUUAUAGAGCGAUCUUUUGGUGUGCUUAAAAUGAAGUGGAGAAUUCUGUUAAGUCUUCCUUCAUUUUCGCUUAAGAAACAAUCCAAGAUAAUUAUUGCAUGUAUGGCAUUGCAUAACUUCAUUAGAGACAGUGCUCUACACGAUAGAGACUUUGAUGAACUAGGACCUAAUAGCCUUGGUCAUGAUGUAUGUGUAGGUGAGAGUAGUUCUAGCACAUCUGAUGAGUUAGACAUGAGUGCAUUUCGAGAUGCAAUUGCUAAUGCAUUAGUGUCGUAGUUAAAUAUGUAAAUUUAACGGUAGUUAUGUUGUAAUGAACUCCACUAAUUAUAUGUAAUGACCUUUUGUUGGUUCGGUGUUAA